AAAAGGAGUGCGGAGCCACCCCACGGCCACCACACUGACCCCCCCCCUCCGCCCCCUCCCCAGCUCGGCUGCUGUGGCUGGAAGGGACCCCAGGACUGGGAGCAGCGGGAUGAGCCCAGCGGGGACGGGGACAGGGACAGGACCACCGCCUGCUCCUGCCUCCGGACCCCCAACAGCACCCACGGGACCCCCUGGCUGCUCCCCCACGGCCGCUGCCCCGCGGCCGCCCCCCAGGACAUCUUCCCCAGGGGCUGCGAGGAGAGAGUCCAGAGCUGGCUGGCCGCAAACCUGGUCACCAUCGUGGGGGUUUGCGUAGGCAUCGGCCUGGGGGAG